AUGGGUUCGUCGGCUAGGGACAAUUAUACAACCGGAACACCUGGUGUGCCUAGAUAUUCCAACGCUCUGUCUCCUCGCUCAGAUCUACCUCGAUACAACACCCAGCCCGACACUCCUAGAAGCGUACAUACAACUACUAUGCCUUUGACUUACAAUGGUGCCUAUGCCACUACGUAUACCACAACUGCAGGCUCACCCGAAACGCCCCCCUUCAACACGCAAGAGACACUGGCCAACAUCACCUGUGAAGGUAACGUGGUGACACCGAGUAUCGACGCCAAGAUUGAAAAGGGAUUCUUCUAUUCUGGUGAUCGCGUAUGGACUUGUUACAGGAGGAAUUAUUUUUCGGUCAACGUAUCGUUCCAACUUUCGCCGUGGAUUGCCAAUGCACGCUUGUAUCUUGAACAGCCCAAUAAGACGGCUCAGCAGAUACAAUCCAUGGCUGUAUCUCUCGCUGCUGCUGUGGAUGGUGCUACGGGCAAGACUAUCGAGUUGAUCCAGCAUACACCGAAGCGCGAUAAGGGCCCGCAGCUGCCAAUGAAGAAGGAACUACUAGCACCAACGCCUCCAGGGAAAAGCCAUGAACACGGCGGAUAUGGGCUGAGCAACUUCCAUCAGACCUCGAUCGUCGCAGGUCCUCAGCUCCCUUUGCAAAGCGAUAGCGACUCGUCACAGCAAUAUUCUCCCACGAGCCACUCCAGCAGCAACUAUCAACAUUCGUUCGAACGUAUACAAUUCAAGUCAGCGACGGCAAACAAUGGAAAACGUCGGGCCCAACAGCAAUACUACCACCUGAUUGUGGAGUUGUGGGCGAACGUGCAGGCCCCUAGAGAAGCUGAGCCCAAAUGGAUAAAGGUUGCAGCUCGGAUGUCUUCCCCAGUCGUUGUGCGUGGAAGAUCGCCUAGUCAUUACCAGAAUGAGGGCCCCCACAAUGCCGGUACUUCGAGAGGAGCCCCUGGUUCUGGCCUGGGUGGAGGUGGUCAUCACGGACUAGGCUCAACUGGCCGACCAUCUUAUUCGCCCUGGACCACCGGCUUGUCAGGUGGUAGCGCAACUGGGAUGGGCAGUAGCAUGUAUCGUGGCAAUACAUACUCCCUCGACCCAAGCCCUGUCGGCAGCCAUUCAGUUAGUUCAGCGAGCUCUCUGAGUGGAGGCCCUGUUGAAGGCAUCACUGGCGAAAACCAUAUGACCGAAGACGAUGACGCGAAGAUGAUGGAUGCUCCCCAGGUUUACUCUUACUAUCCUGCCUCCAUCUACGAGCCGAUACCACCCAAGCUUGAAAGCACAUUACCCCCUCCCGAUCGCAGGAUCAAGGAUGAAUACCCCACUGCUGGCUGGCAUCUUGGAGGCUGUGGUAGAUUUCAAGGAAUGGAAAGUAGUCGCGGAUACUAUCCGGACGUACAAGCUCAUACCUAUUGA